AUGUCCUCCAAAAGUUCUUUUCAGUUGAUUAUUGCAUUCUGCAUAUUGCUGUCAGUCCAAGCCGGUCUCAUUUGCCCCCUGUGUGGAAGUGCCAGUAAAGUUCCAGCGAGAUGGGAUCAUGUUGUCAGCACAAGUCCCUACAAGACUUGUCGCAGUGUCUAUUUCGAAAUGGCCAUGAGACCCAUCAACCAUCCAACUUGCGCACCCAUGCAACGUCAAUAUGGAGCCGCUUGCUGCAAUGCUGGUGCACCACCACCACCUGCUCCAGCUCCCAAACCCGCCCCUAUCCCCAGCAGUGGCCACCCCUAUUGCCGAAUCUGCCGUAACGACGACUUUCCUGGAUUUCCCAAUGCAAUGGUCUCGGCUCGUUACGUGGGAACCUAUUCGUGCGGAUCCUUGUUUCAUCGCGGAAAGAAUGGACAGAUUCCAGGUUUCAUGUGUGGACCCAUGCAAGAUCGCAUUCACGACAAGUGUGGUUGCGGCCAACAGCCACCCACCAACCGGCCAACGCCACCACCCGUUCCUCGGCCUACACCACGACCCACCCGUCGCCCCACUCCGGCUCCAACCCGCAGACCUACUCCUCGGCCGACUCCGCAACCAACUCGCAGACCGACGCCUGCUCCGACACCCGAACCUACUUCCAAGCCAUCGAUGGCUCCCUCCGAGUCACCAUCAACAUCACCAUCCAGUAGCCCCACGACGACGAAACCAAGUGCGAGUCCCUCGGACAGUCCCACCGCUCCUCCCAGUGCAAAGCCAUCCAAAAGUCCAACGUCAAGUCCGACGGCACCGACCGUCCGUCCCAGCGAGCCUCCUUCCACAUCGCCCACGACGCUCGAAGAAAUGUGUGACGGAUCUCCUUUCAAAAAUUGCUGCCUGAAAGGAAGUUCAUUUUGUUGUCACGUGUGUUCCAUCCAAUUUUAA